AUGACGAGAGUGCGCAAGAAGCCUGCUGGUGUCCCAGCGCCGAGGCCGCCUACUCAUGCAGUGACGCCGCUGGGCAAGUGCGCUUGUUGCGACUACCCAUUGGCCAGCGCUGGCGAGACGACCGCUGUCUGCGUGGACUUGACGGGCGCGCGCGACGCGACGCACGGCCUCGCGCGGUGCUGCAACGAGCGCUGCAGAGCGUCACGGCACAUCAACGCCCUGUCCGUUGAAAGGAUGAAUGACCGCAUGUCGUUUGCGUCCGCGGGCCGAGCUUGGGCGGCGAGGUAUUUGCAGUGCCGCGAGAAGCUUCUCGCCCGCGGCUUCGCGUCGUCUCGGAGCGCGGGGCGGCCCUGCGAGGAGAUUUUCGGCGCCGACGGCGCUGCUGCCGAUUUUCGGAAACAGCGCAGCGACUCAAUAUUGUAUGCCAUGACGGACAGAGUCAAGGAGUUGGUCGCAGAUGGCCAUCACAAGGUUCGCGCCCUCUGCUCUCGCUCCAGGGGGGCGCCGCCCGCGUUGGAUUCGGCCGACGGCGACCGUCGCACUUGCGGGCGGCCCAUUGUCGCUGACCCGACCGCGCAGAGGAUCGUCGCAGUACGAGAGCAACGUCGUUCCGAUAACAACGACGCCCUCCGCGCGCGACUGGGCGAGUCCACGGUGGGCCCCGCGGUCCGCGACAAGGGGUUCGAUUUCUUCACGGAGGAGCAGUACAGGGAGCUCGCGGCGCUGGUGGGAUCCGUCGCCGCCCGGGAGCCAGUCAGCGUGGUCGUGGGGUCACGAGACCUGGACCAGUGCAAGGGGCACUUGGCCGACAUCGGCGGGGUCGAGUACGUCACGCUCGAGCAUGUCAACUGGUGGCUGCGAGACACGGGCCCCGCGCUCGUCCUGCGCGGGCUGCCCGGCGGCGCGGGCGAGGCCCUCGGCGCGGUCCGCUGGGAGUUCCACGGGUACGGGAGCCCGAAGGGCAGCUCGGCGCGGAGGGCGUCGGAGGGGCGCAAGGAGUUCUACAGCUGGUAUUAUCCUCGAGGGGAGGGGCCCGAGGCGGGGCCGCUGUGGACCUGGAGCUGGCACGAGGCGUGGCCGCGGUCGCCGGCGCGCAGCCCCUCCGGGAGCCCGAGGGCGUGGCCUUCGAGGGCGGCGCCGUGGUCUGCGACGGCGAGGGCACGGGCGUCGUCGUGGAGGAGAUCCUGCCGCGCACCGGCGUCGGGAGGCAGCAGCUGGAGGCCGAGCUCCAGCGGGAGCUGGGCCUGA